AUGUGUGGCAAUGAUACAAACCACGAAGAUUUAAAUAUUGGCAUUGACGAAAAAUUGUUUGGUGAUUUAUCAAAAGCACUUGAAGAUAACAAAUUAGUUUAUGCUGAUUUAAAUUUUAAAGUUUGGCAGAAAUUGAGUUUUAGCCUUUAUACUCAAAGCAAUGUUACAUCAUCAGAAAACAUUGAAAAUAUUGCAACUAUUGACAAAAAUGGUUUCCAAAUAACAAAUAGAAAUGGGUUGAAAAAAAUAAAAAGAUAUUUUCGCAUUGGAAUUGUUGAAGGAAUUCCAUGGACUUAUCGAAAAAAGGAUCCGAUCACAGGAAAAUUUGUACUUGGUGAAAAAAAUCAACCUCUUUGGGAGGGAUAUUGCAUUGAUUUCAUUGAAGCAUUAUCCAUUGAAAUGAAUUUUAUCUAUGAUUUAGUAUUACCAAAAUCCGGAACAUUCGGUGAAAGAAUAUCUGAUAAUUCAUUUGAUGGGGUAAUAGGCGAUUUAAUUCUCGGUGAAACUGAUAUGAUUGUAGCUGCACUAAAAAUGACAGCAGAACGAGAGGAGGUUAUUGAUUUUGUCGCACCAUAUUUUGAACAAACAGGAAUUUCAAUAGUGAUGAAAAAACCAAUUCCUGACAGAUCACUUUUUAAAUUUAUGACUGUUUUAAAACUUGAAGUAUGGUUGAGCAUUUGUGGUGCCAUUGGAAUUACAGCAAUCGUAUUAUGGAUUUUGGAAUUACUUUCUCCAUAUAGCGCUCGAAAUUUUAAAUACAACGAGGAAUCAAGAGAAUUUACAUUACGUGAAAGUAUUUGGUUUGCAUUGACAUCUUUCACACCACAAGGUGGUGGUGAAGUACCAAAAGCAUUUAGUGGAAGAGUUGUUGUUGCUACAUACUGGCUUUUUGUUGUUCUAAUGCUUGCUACGUUUACUGCUAAUCUUGCAGCAUUCUUAACUGUUGAAAGAAUGCAAACACCGGUACAGUCACUUGAGCAGCUUUCACGUCAAAGUCGGAUUGCCUAUACUGUUGUUGAAGGUUCGGAUGCGCAUCAAUACUUCAAAAAUAUGAAACAUGCAGAAGAUAAACUUUACGAUCUAUGGAAACAAACGACAUUGAAUGCAUCAAGUGACGAGUCUGUUUAUAGAGUAUGGGAUUAUCCUCUAAAAGAACAGUAUUCAUCAAUUUUAAUGUCAAUUGAAAGUGCUAAGACUUUACCAAAUGCAAGCGAAGGAUUUAGAAUUGUCAAUGAGCGAGAGGAUUUUGCUUUCAUACAUGAUGUUAAUGAUAUUAAAUAUGAACUGUCUCGAAAUUGUAACUUCUCUGUUGUGGGUGACACAUUUGCUGAUCAACCUUAUGCUAUUGCUGUGCAACAAGGAUCUGAACUACAGGAUGAAUUAACUCGUACGAUAGUUGAACUACAAAAACGUCACUUUUUCGAAGAUUUGUUGGGAAUGUAUUGGAAUUCAUCUUUAAAAGGAGAUUGUGAAGACAGUGACAAUUCUGAAGGUAUCACACUUGACUCACUUGGAGGCAUUUUUAUUGCGACGAUUGUUGGUCUAGUAAUUGCGAUGCUUGUACUUGCCAUUGAAGUGUAUUAUUACAAGAGAGAAGCAAGAAAAGGAAAAGAAAAUACUACUAAUAAUAACAUUUCCCAUUUGCUUGUCACAACCGUUCAACCCUUUGAGAGUUAUAAACAUACUAAGAGUGUUUUAAAACAAAAUAAUAUUUUAUUAGGACACAGUGAAGAAUUUGUACCAAGAAAAAUUAAAAAUUUUAAAAACUCAAUUCAAAACUAAGGCAAAUUAUAAAUUUUAAAUUUAAUAAGAUUUUUAAUGUUGUUUUAACAUAAAAUGAUAUUCUCAAUACUUUUUG